AUGAAAACACACAUCGUCGCAAUUGCUUCUCUGACCUACUUGUUAGGUACAGUGCCAGCAAACAGCCAGAGUGAUUCAGGACCAAAAUAUGACUUUGUCAUCGUGGGUGGAGGAACGAGUGGAUUAGUUAUUGCCAACAGACUCUCCGAAAACAAAGCAAUCACAGUCGCCGUCAUCGAAGCCGGGGAUUCAGUCUUCAACAAUCCCAAUGUCACCAAUGUUUUCGGCUACGGCCGCGCUUUCGGAACCCAUAUUGAUUGGGCCUAUCAGACAGAAGAUCAAGAAUAUGCCGGUGGAUCGAAACAAAUAAUGCGCGCCGGGAAGGCUAUCGGCGGAACAAGUACUAUCAACGGAAUGUCUUAUACCCGAGCUCAAAGCGUCCAAGUCGAUGCUUGGGAACUUUUCGGAAACAAAGGAUGGAACUGGGACAGCCUCUUCCCGUACUAUCAAAAAUCCGAAAUGUUCCAGAUACCAAUUCUGAACCAGAUAUCUCGAGGUGCCGACUACUAUAUCACCUAUCACGGGAUGAACGGCCCUCUGAAAGUGGGCUGGCCCACGGAGAUCACCAACCGCACCAUGCUCCCCGCGCUUGAUCAAACUUUUAACCAACUAGGUGUCACUUUUAAUCGCGACGUCAACGGUGGUAGUAUGGUCGGCCUGACUUCUCACCCUAACACAGUCAAUUCAGAGGAAAAUGUCCGCGAAGACGCUGCUAGAGCUUACUACUGGCCUUACCAGAACCGUUCUAAUCUCAAGAUUAUCACAAACACGUCUGCGAAUAAGAUCAUAUGGUCCAGCAAUUCUCACAGCGAGGCAACUGCAGUUGGAGUCGAGGUUACGACCGCUCAUGGGGUCGAGACGAUAUACGCCUCCAAGGAAGUCAUCCUGUCAGCUGGUUCUUUGAAAUCGCCCGUUCUCCUGGAGUUAUCCGGUGUUGGCAACCCGGAUAUUCUCCGUAAGUAUAACAUCCCAAUCAAGGUUAACAUCUCCACCGUUGGUGAGAACUUGCAGGAUCAGACGAACAACGGCCUUUCCUAUCAGGGGACAGAAUUUUGGCUCGGCUCUCCGACAUUUUCCGUGUUACCGUCAGCUAAUCAGAUAUAUGGAAACAACGUCUCCAACGUCGCUUCCUAUGUCAAUUCAAGCAUGGCUGAGUAUGCAAAGGUUGUGUCUAACUCAUCCAAGGGUGCAGUUCAAGAAGCCAAUAUCCUGGCCGCUUUCAAGCUUCAGUAUGAUUUGAUCUUCGAAUCUCAAGUUCCGUUCGCCGAAAUCGUUCUCCUUCCGAUCGCCGAUUCGUUUUCUUCUGAAUACUGGCCGCUGCUUCCGUUCUCGAGAGGCAGUGUCCAUAUCAAAUCCGCCAACGCAUCGAUGCCGGCCUCCAUCAACCCGAAUUACUUCAUGUUCAAACAGGACCUCGACGCUCAGGUCGACGUUGCCCGUUUUAUUCGUAAAGCAUUCAUGACGGCUCCUUUGAGUGACUUUGUGGGAGAUGAGUAUACUCCAGGGAUGGAGAAUCUACCCGACAGUGCAUCCGACUCUCAAUGGGAUGACUGGGUCAAGUCAAACUAUCGAUCAAACUUCCACCCAGUUGGAACUGCCAGCAUGCUCCCACGCAACAUGGGAGGUGUUGUCAGCCCCGAGCUCAAAGUUUACGGCACCAAAAAUGUCCGCGUUAUCGAUGCCUCCGUUUUGCCAUUCCAACUAUGUGGGCAUCUGACAAGUACACUCUACGCUGUGGCCGAGAAGGCAGCCGAUAUGAUCAAGAAGCAGUAUCGCCUCUAA